CGUUCCUUCUCCCCUCAUCAGUGUUAGGCUUCCACAAUGGCAUCGUCAACAACCAUCAUGGUCCCCACCACCGCCUCGCGCUUCGCCCUCCUUCAGAUCGACUCGGACUCCGAAUCGGACAAUUCUGAGGCCGGGAAGAUUCCCAACAAAGGCGGCUCCGGGAAGCAGCGCCCGGAAAAAUCUGGAGGGGGCAAAGCAUCUCAGGGCAACGACAAGAAGAAAGACAAGAAGAAGAAGAAGAAGGAACAACAGCAAAGUGAAGCCAACGAGCUUCGCAAUCUGGCCUUCAAGAAGAUCCCGCAGAAGUCUCACGGCCCGCCGCCCAGCAUGACGCUUUCGGGAAUAGCCAGCGACCUCCUCAGCGCCGCCCCUUCGGCGCACGGUGCCACUCCAUCAUCCCAGCAGGGCUGGCAGCAGUGGAAGCAGAGGGACGAGCAGAUGACAUCCGAGAUGUACGAGGCAGAUUUGGAGAAGGCCUUGAUUCUGAGCAAACUGGAGUACGAACAAAACAAACAGCAGGGAGGCAGCAAUCAUGUGUCCUCACCAAAGUCUCGCAAAGAUGGCGGCAGCGGUGGCGGCAGCAAAGAGAAGAAGAAGAGGAACGGGCAGGCCAAAGACAAAAAGACAGUCUCUUUGCAGGACUUCCAGGCUGAAGGCAGCGCAGAGCAUGUGAACCGGAGGCAAGAGAAAGAGGAAGUGGCCAACUCCGCUCUGGGACUGGGCCAGGAGGAGCGUUUCUUUAACAAGCUCGAGGACGACGUCAGCCGAAUAAUCCAGCGGGAGAAGAAGCGCAAGCAGUAUAACGGCAGACACGAAGGCGACGCGUCAGCGGAACAUGAACCAGACCCUCGUGCCGAGCAGCUGAAGUAUGAACUGGAGAAGAAGGACCAAGAGAUCCGUGAGCUGAAGAAGACCAUCGCACAGUGGGAGGUCAAAUACAAAGAGGUGAAAUCCAGAAACGGGCAGCUUCUCAAGAUGCUUCAGCAAGGAGAGAUGAAAGACAAAGCAGAAAUCUUACUGCAAGUGGAGGAGCUGCUGCAUAUCAAAGAGGAACUUUCAUCGCAGGUGACCUUACUACAUGCUGCCCUGGAGCAAGAACGAUCUAAAGUCAAAUGUCUGCAGUCCGAACAGCCCAAACAUCAGGGAAACAAGAGAGGGAAAAAAAGUUCUGAUGCGGAUCUCUGACAGUGUUACUUGAAGCCCCAACAACAAAUAAACAUGUUCAUGUUUUUUUGUUUUUUUUUUAUGUUGGACUGUCAGCAUGUGGUAAUGCAUGCCUCUCUCAACACACGUGUACACGCACACACACACACGCACACACGUACACAAAAUGGUCAUUAAUGCUGCCCCCUACAGGCACGAGUGCAGAGCAACAGGAGUGCCUGUUAGUUCAAAAUGCCAAAAUGUCUGACUGACUUAGGAGUUGAGAAAUGUUUCUAGUUUGUCCACUCCACUGAGAAGUCAAUAAAAUACUUUUUCAGUGAAAAAA